CAGUUUUGAUUUGAAAUUUUAAUUAAAAAAGUCAUGGAUGCGGCAACACUUGAUCUGUGCAGUAAAAUCAUUCCUCAGUCUUAUGUAAAUCAAGGAAAUCAAGCUCUUAUUACUCAAUCGAAUCUGAUAAGAGUCCUAUUGGAAAAGAAAAAGAUUCCAAGGGAUGGUUGGAAGACACAAACUGUGGAGUAUAUGUUGUCACAAUUAGCUUUGAUGGAUAGCAAUAAUUUCAUUGGUAACUGUGGUGUGGGAGAAAGAGAGGGAAGAAUCUUUUCAGAGACAGUUUCUAAAAGACAUUACAGGUUUGCUCAUGGUAUUGGCAGAUCAGGUGAUGUGACAGCUAUCCAACCAAAAGCAGCAGGAUCAAGUAUUUUAAAUCAACUGUGUACAAGUCUUAUGCUUGAUCUAAUCCGUGCAUCAGGUGUGAAGUCUACAUCAGAUUGUAUUAUUGUUCCUACGGCAACUGGAAUGACUCUCACUUUGUGUUUUCUUACUUUGAGAAGUCUAAGACCUGGGGCAGAAUAUAUUAUAUGGCCUCGUAUCGAUCAAAAAUCAUGUUUUAAGUCCAUUAUAUCUGCUGGAUUUAAACCUAUAAUCAUUGAAAAUCAAUUAGAAGGAGAUGAGUUAAGAACAGAUCUUGAUGGGGUUGAAAAGGCAAUCACAGAAUAUGGUGUUGACAAAAUAUUAUGUGUAUUUUCAACAACAUCGUGUUUCGCACCAAGAGUACCAGACAGGUUAGAAGAGCUUGCAAAAAUCUGCAAAUCGCAUGAUAUUCCACAUAUAGUCAAUAAUGCCUAUGGUUUACAAUCAUCAAAAUGUACUCAUUUAAUACAGCAAGCGAGCAGAGUUGGAAGACUUGAUGCUUUUGUUCAAAGUUGUGAUAAAAAUCUCAUGGUUCCAGUUGGUGGAGCAGUAAUCGGUGUCAUGAACAAAAAUUUUGGUGAUAAAAUCGCUAAGACUUACGCAGGUCGGGCAUCAGCAGCCCCUUCACUUGAUGUUUUAAUAACCUUACUAGAAAUGGGAAUGAAUAAAUAUGAAGCUUUGUUGAAAGAAAGAAAGGAGAACUACAAGUACCUAAAGGAAGAAUUAACCAAGGUUGCUACAAAGCACGGUGAAGUUGUGCUGGAAACUCCACAUAAUCCUAUAUCAAUGGCAAUGUCUGUCUCACAAAACCUGGUGAACAGUCAGAAAAAAGAUGUCACAGAAUUGGGCUCUAUGUUGUUCACAAGGUGUGUCAGUGGAACAAGGGUUGUGGCUACCAAUGCAACAAAGGACAUUGAGGGGUAUCUGUUCCAGGGAUAUGGAUCUCAUUGUAAUAAUUACAGAACAGCUUAUUUAACUGCAGCAGCUGCAAUAGGAAUGACUAAAGGAGAUGUUGAUUUAUUUGUGAAAAGAUUGGAUAAAGUUUUGACUGAACUUCGAAAAAAUAACGUUAAAACUAGUUGAUAGUCAAGAUUUUUCAAAGGAGGAAUUUCAGUCGUAUUGCCGCGACGUAUGAAAGCGUUUCUUACGCGUAUGCUAUGGUAUAAUUGUUUUAAAAUCGAUGAACGGGAGAGGGUAAUUUUGUUCUAUUGCUUAUCUGAGGGUAUAUGGAACAGCCUUUGGUAAAAUGAACUGCUGGCGCUAUACCGGUGGCGUUUUGGAGAUAUUUCAUACAUAAUUGGGUUUGUUAUGCAAGUUCAUCAACAAUUUGAGCAAUAUUUGUAAUUCAACUUCAGAUAAAUACAUUGGUUAUAAUAUGCA